AUGGCUGGUAAGGCUGUCCCAAACGCCAUCUUUAAGAAUGGCAAUAACAUUCCCAUGAUUGGCCUUGGAACCUGGAAUUCUCCACCUGGUCAAGUUGCGCAGGCGGUAAAGGAUGCCAUUGACGUAGGCUACCGGCAUAUCGAUUGCGCACACGUCUACCAAAACGAACAUGAAGUUGGCGAAGGGAUUGCGGCCAAAAUCGCUGAGGGUGUGGUUAAACGUGAGGAUCUGUUUGUGACCAGCAAAUUGUGGAACACCUUCCACCGGCCUGAUCUGGUUGAAGGUGCCUGUAGGAUCACGCUGAAAAACCUAAAAUUGGAUUACCUGGAUCUGUAUCUGAUCCAUUGGCCCGUAGGUUACAAGGAAGGCUCUGAGCUGUUCCCGAUGGGCCCGGAUGGGAAAAAGUUUUUAUUCUCCGACGUCGAUUACGUGGACACCUGGCCUGAGAUGGAGAAGCUUGUCGAUGGUGGGCUGGUUCGAAACAUCGGUCUUUCCAAUUUUAACACAAAACAAAUGCAACGCAUCCUUGACGUUGCCCGAAUCGCGCCGGUAACGAAUCAAAUCGAAUGCCAUCCGUAUUUGCAUCAAUCGAAGAUCACAUCAUUCGGUGCUACGAAAGGACUUAUCAUAACGGCAUACAGUCCGCUCGCUUCGCCGGCAAGGCCGUGGGUUAAAGCCGACGAUCCGGUGCUGUUGGAUGAUGAAACGGUGGUGCAGAUGGCAAAAAAGCACGGCAAAACCACUGCCCAAAUAUUGAUCCGCUACCAGAUUCAGCAGGGCAACGUGGUGAUUCCGAAGUCGGUGACGAAAGAGCGUAUCGUAUCGAAUUUUGAUGUUUUCAACUUCCAGCUGGAUGAUAGUGACAUGAAGCAACUGGCCAGCCUCGAACGGAAUGGCCGUAUUUGUCCGGAAUCGAGCGCUUUUGGACAUCCACAUCAUCCGUUUGAAAAGGAUGAAUAA